UGGAAAGGCCUUUUCCCACUGGUUCGCGGCGAGCUGUCGCCACGAUUUCCGACUAGACGCUGACAUCCCACAUGCCUCUUUCUUUUCGAGUUUGCAUUCCGCACAGGUUGCUACAAACCAUCGCGCUUGAUUAAUUUUAAGCCAAUCAGUGAAGAUGCAGCUGCACGUUCGAGGUCUAAAUACGCACGUCUUGGACGUCCAGCCGGGUGACAGCAUUAGCCAUGUUAAGGCUGUUCUGGCAGGACUAGAGUCCGUCGACGCUCAGGAACUGAACCUCUACUGCGAAGGCGUACCACUCGGUGAGGAUGUGACCGUAUCUCAGCUGACCUCGGUCGAGCUCGACCUCACCGUCAGCCUGCUCGGUGGUAAGGUGCACGGUUCGCUCGCCCGUGCCGGCAAAGUGAAGGGACAAACGCCCAAGGUCGAAAAGAAGGAAAAGAAGAAGAAGAAGACGGGCCGUGCUAAGCGUCGCAUUCAGUACAACCGCCGUUUCUCGAGCGUGGUGCAGGCGUACGGACGUCGCCGCGGUCCGAAUGCCAACUCAGCCUAAGGAGUGUUGGUCUCUGAUGGGGGCGCAGGUCAAAACGGACAGGGGCUGUAUUCAUUUGUGUGUCUGGUCGGCGAAAAAGUUCAAGCGAAAGCUAUUAAAGCCAGCAACACAAUCUAAGUUGCGUGCCGUGAUGUAACGAGGAUUUGUUGGUUCCGUCAAUAAAAAUGAAGGCUUAAACUUUAA